AUGGCAGUUGCAAACGGAGCCGCAGAGGUUGCUCCUCAGAAUGGCGCUGGUGACAGCACCGGCGGAUACAAGUUGAAAUUCUGCACCGUGUGCGCUAGUAAUCAAAACAGGUCUAUGGAAGCUCAUCUGCGACUAUCUCAAGCCGAAUAUCCAGUCAUAUCCUUUGGUACCGGAUCCCUAGUCCGCUUGCCCGGGCCGACCAUCACGCAGCCCAACGUGUACCAAUUCAACAAGACCUCGUACGACAGCAUGUACAAAGAACUGGAAUCAAAGGACGGGCGCCUGUACAAGGCCAAUGGCAUUUUGAACAUGCUGGACAGAAAUCGUGGUGUCAAGUGGGGGCCGGAGCGCUGGCAGGAUUGGGCCGUCGGUAUCCCCAGACUUCAGCAUUCCGCCGACAAGGGCGGUGAGGGAGUGGAGGGUGGCGUUGUAGAUGUCGUUUUUACGUGCGAAGAACGCUGCUGGGACGCCGUCAUCGACGACCUUCUCAGCAGAGGGUCCCCGUUGAACCGCCCCGUCCACGUCAUCAACGUGGACAUCAAGGACAAUCAUGAGGAGGCUCAUAUCGGCGGUCAGGGCAUUCUGGAUCUAGCCAACUCGCUCAACGCGGCUGCCAGGGAGGAGAGGCAAGCAAUUGGCGCCGCGGCCUUUGAAAGCGGGAGUGCCUCGAGCCGAGCUGCUUUUGACGAGAGGGUGCCUGAAAUACUCGGUGCCUGGCAAGAAAGAUGGCCAAACUUGCCGUCAACAUGGACCUUGGCAUGGUUCUAG